AUGGAAUUUUGCUCACAAGGCCACUACUAACAGAGCAAACACACGGGCAAGAAAAUUCAUUAGGAACAGUCGCUCCAACGGUCAGGUUCCGGUAUCAACUCUACAGUACCACAUGGAUCCACUCCUCAUGCGCAAGCAUGAUGCUACUUGGGUCCCUGUAGACCAGCCACCCUGCAUUGCUAUGGAAAAUCUCCAUGGGUAUAGACAAAAUGACAGAGCUAAGCUGUGCUCAGCCCAGUGACCUACGCCAAUACUGGCAAAGGUUGAACGACCCUACCCUGGAGCUCCGAAGACGCCAAUCACCUUGGUCGAUUGGGCCCAAUUUCGGCUUGCUCAUCAGGCAUGGCGCUUGGAUGGCAUUUUGGAAAGCAGACAUACCCCACCAAGCCAGAACAUAUUCACCGCCAAGCUCCGGACCACGACGCUCAAGAUCGACUAGACUUCCUACAAGCAUCGCUGGACUAACACUGGCAAGCUAAGAUCCAAGGUCAAUAACGCGAAGCCGAAUACGAUGGCAGGAACAAGGAGAAAAGUCAAAUAAGCAUUUCUUCUCUCUGUUGCGCCAGCGACAACGUCAUGCCCAAAUAACCGAGUUGAUACACCCAAACACUGGCCAACAUUGUGACCAACCUUCCGACAUGUUAGACGCAGCGUGUUCCUUCUACAAAACCCUGUUCACACCGGAACCCAUAGACGAAAACGAACUGUCCCGCACCCUGACUACCUGCCAGUUAACUCACUCACGUCAGAGGACUCGCAUCGGCUACAGGAGGAUAUUACGAAGGAGGACGUACUCGAGACCAUGCGAUGUACCCCUACCAAUAAAGCUCCAGGUAGUGACGGCUUGCCAUACGAAUUCUAC